GAAUUUUUAAGGGCGUGUGAUAAUUGUAUAAUAUAGAGCGACGUCAUAUAUCAAUGCAUUUGAUCUCUGAAUCGAGCCGAGUUGGUUUAAGUGAAACAUAGGUAGUAUAGAUAGUUUAGUUCGUUAAUACUGUGUAGCUAUUUCUGAGGUUAGAAAAGUCGCUAGUUAUAGUUUUUCCGUUAUUAAAUACAAAACUUUCAACUUUGUAAAGUUAGCAGCAUAAUAAGAGAGGAGGGUAGUGACAUGCCUGAAUUAUGUCACGAGAAGAACAGCAAUCACGUGAAGGAUUACAUACAUCAGAGCAAGCAGAUGGUGGUCCGGGUGCUGCUUAUAUGACGUUUGUUGUUAUGGAAGAGCUGUUGGAUAAAUUAAAACUCCUUAGGUACGAUCAGGAAUUCGUUAAAACUCUCAAGAUGAAGCCAUUAAAUAGACAUUACUUUGCACUCCAAACGAAUCCUGGGGAGCAGUUCUACUUAUUCACUUCUUUGGCAGCUUGGUUAAUCAGAAAGACAGGGAGACCAUUUGAACAGCCACAAGAAUAUGAUGACCCUAACUCCACAAUCUCUAGUAUUCUGGAUUCACUUAGACAACUUGGUGUAAGUGUGGAUUUCCCACCAAAUAAAUUGAAGCAAGGUUUUGGAGAACAUGCUCUUUUUGUACUGGAUCAUUUGGCAGAUGCUGCAUUGAAAAGUACCAAUUUUAUGUGGAAAAAACCUGAAUUAGUUGUGGAGGUAGAGGAAGAAGAUGAUGAAAUGGAAGAUGAAUCGGAAUUGCUGCUUGAAAAGGUGGAAGAAGAGAUGGCUGCAGAGGUCUCUGAUGAGGAAGAGGAGACACUUUUGCAUAUAGAUGAUCUACAGAACUUGCGCAUUGGGAAUAAGACUUUUACAGAUUCUCAGAAGCCUGAUGACAUCCUUGAGUCCACUACAAACAUUGAUGGAUGGAAGUUGGAACUGGAAAGGGUCUUACCACAGCUUAAAGUCACCAUUAAAACUGAUGCUCAGGAUUGGCGAACACAUCUGGAACAGAUGCAGAGACAUCGCAGUGGAAUUGAUGAAGCUUUGGCCACAGCCAAAGGCCAACUUGACAAACUCCAUUCAGAUAUCGAACUCACACUUGAGAAGAUAAGCAGCCGAGAAAAGUUCUUGAACAGUCAACUGGAGCCUUUGUUAGAUCAGUACAGAGCUCUACAGGAUGAAUUUGCACGUAUAAAUGAGCAGUACCGGGAAGUGAGUGGUGGUGUUACAGAGAGGUCACGUAUAUUGGCUCAGGUAACUGAGGAGCUGGAAUCUGUGAAACAGGAGAUGGACGAGAGGGGUUCCAGCAUGACUGAUGGAACUCCACUUGUUAACAUAAAAAAGGCAAUUUCACAAAUUAAGAGUGAGAUUACUGCAAUGGACGUGAGAGUGGGUGUGUUGGAACACAGCUUGCUGCAGGCUCGCCUUCGGGACAAGAAUCUGCUCCACCAAGAUAUGAACGCUCCACUUCAUGCUUUAGUCUAAUUCUGCAGUUCAGAAUGCAGCAACACAUGCACGCCUUCAUCAAACAAGGAUUUCUGUUUAGUCACACGUGCACAAAACUACACAUAAUGCAAUUUAUUACCAUAAAGUAAAAAAAAGUAAAGCUAUCCCUGUACCAGGCCCUGAAGGCCCAUAGGGUUGUGAGAUGUUGACAGUCC